AUGGCUCCUCCCCCGCCGCCGCCCCCGCCGCCACCACCGCUGUGCCUCCCGUUCUCCUUGGGAGGGAAGAAGCCCCGCCGCCGUCUAACCUACUCGGAGAAGUCAGAGACCGACGCCUUCAGCUCCCAGCGGUCCAGCAUUGAUCGUCUCGAGCGCCAUGAUUCGGAGUCGUACAAUGUCCCGUCGUUCCAUAACGAGGCUCGCGAAGUUCGUCCUGUGCUCCGUCGUGCGACUACCACCAAGCGCACGACCAAAGGCGCACCUGCCGUUCCCCCCAAGGACGCCACAAUCAAGCGCAGGUGGCCAUACGGAUAUGGAUGGGGUAUCGGGAAGAAGAACAAGGAGAAGGAGGAGAUGGCCCGGGAGGAGGAGGACGUGGUUUCGGACGAAGAUGUCAACUCGCUUUGGCGUACCGACGACGUACCAGCCCCGCAGUACCAGUCCCCUCACAAUUCGAACCGGUCAAAGCACUCAAAGCAGUCUUCCCAUCACUCAAAGCCCGAGACUGCAUCGAAGCACUCGUACAACUCCGGUUCGAUUCACUAUAUGAACCCGACCAUUCCGCCUGCAACUCGCUCUCCAUCCGACCAUAUCUACAGCAAUCCGUUGCCCCCGGCGGGCACGAACUCGCGCUCAAACACGUUCAAAUCCAACAUAACCAAAUCUAGCGGCAACUCUAGAGACAAGUCUAGGCGACCCCGUUUGUACCCGUCCGAGUCGUCUAGUACGCUUGUUGGCUCGUUGCUUGAGCGCAAGGUCAAUGACAAUGACCCGAUUCCCCCACGCCUCGAUUCGACUGGUCGGCUGGAGGCGCUCCGGGAGCUUAUGCGGAAGGAAAACCUUGAUUAUUAUGUCGUCCCGACUGAGGAUGCCCACGGAUCGGAAUACGUCGCCGUCAACGACAAGCGGAGGGAGUGGAUUUCAGGAUUCACCGGCUCGGCAGGCCAAGCUGUCAUCUCCCAGACGAAUGCAUAUCUGAUCGCCGACUCGCGCUACUGGAUCCAGGCCAGGGAGCAGAUAGACCGUAACUGGGAGCUUGUCAAGGCCGGUGCUCCCCGCCAGCCAGCGGAUUGGGUCGAGUGGAUCGCCAGCCUCAGAGACGAAGUGCGCAUCGGUAUCGAUGCGCGUAUGAUUCCGCACGAGACGGCGUCGAAGCUCAACUCCAUCUUGCAGCCCAAGAAGAGCAAGCUCGUUUAUCCGCCGCAGAAUCUGGUCGACCUCAUCUGGCGCGAGAAGCCCUCGCGGUCCCGCAAUCCGAUCUUCGUACAGACGAUCGAGUUUAGCGGUAGGGAAGCCAGUGCGAAGCUGUCGGAAGUGCGCCGGUGGAUUAGGGAGCAACCCCCAUCUGUUCCGUCGUACUCGAAGUCAGAACCCAAGCCUUCUCAGAUGCAGGUUGGAAUGCUGCUGUCCAACCUUUCUGACAUUGCGUACUUACUUAAUCUCCGUGGAGACGAUAUUCCAUUUAACCCUGUCUUUCACUCUUACUUGUUCGUCGGCUUCGAUACCACUGUCCUGUUCAUUGAACAGGCCAAGAUCACAGAGGCCGUGGAGAGUUAUCUAGAGUCCAUUGCAGUAGAGCGCAGGGAUUACAACGACCUCUGGACAUUCCUCCGCCGGAAGCAGUGGGGUGAAGGCAAGAUUAUCAUCAGCCCCAAAACUUCUUACGCCAUCUCUUUGAUGCUCACUUCUUUCAAUUACACUGUACUGGAGCCCUACGUAGAGCAUAUGAAGUCGAUCAAGAACCAGACUGAGCUGGAUGGUCUCCGGCGCGCCUACCUGCGUGACGGAGCCGCAUUCGUCAGGUGGUUUGCAUGGCUCGAGCACAAGAUGGGCCAAGGCUAUGAUAUUACCGAGUACGAAGCCGCAUGGCGUCUAACGGAGUUCAGGCGGUUAAACAAGCAUUAUAUGGGUCUCGCGUACGAGAAUAUCUCUGCAAGUGGACCCAACGCCGCUCUGCCACACUACUCGCCCCGUAAAGCUACCGCGAGGAUGAUUGACCGCAAUACUCCGUACUUGAACGAUUCGGGCGGGCAGUACAGAGACGGCACCUGUGACACCACCCGGACCGUUCAUUUCGGUCGCCCAAGUGAGGAACAGUGUGUGGCUUACACGCGCGUCCUGCAAGGUCACAUUGCUAUCGAUAGUGCCAUCUUCCCCGCGGGGACGAGCGGCACACAGUUAGACGUGUUGGCGCGCAAGACGCUAUGGCAGGACGGCAUGAACUAUGGGCAUGGCACCGGCCAUGGUGUGGGUGCGUUCUUGAACGUCCACGAAGGCCCUCAGGGUUUUAGCUCAACGACGCCCUUCGUGCCCGGCCAUGUCCUGACCAACGAGCCCGGUAUUUACAAGGAAGGGCAUUGGGGUAUGCGUAUCGAGUCAGCGCUUUUCGUAAAGAAAGUCAGGACUAAGAAUGAGCGCCCCGGUGAUACCUGGCUUGGCUUCGAGCGUCUGACCUGCGUCCCCAUCCAGACGAGGAUGGUGAAGGACGAGAUGCUUACGAGGGACGAGCGCCAGUGGCUGAAGAUACACAACAGGAGAUGCUACGAGUUGCUGGAGCCGUACCUGCGCGAUGACAAGCGCGCGUUGAAGUGGCUCCAGAGGGAGGCCGAGCGGGGCAUCGGUCUCGCGAAGGCUCCCGCGGGCAUUUCUAUAGACUGGGAUUGA